AUGAGCGACACACUAGUGAGCGGCACAUUUGUGGUAAUCUUAUGCUAUUACAUACAUCUGCGAGUGGAUCAGAUCAACGACCGGCUCCGGUGGGUACGGGUGUACAGACGGACCGGUGAAUCCAUGGCCACCGUUGCCGCACGAGUAGGCCCAUCAGUGACCGCCUACGCUGCCCAACACCGGUACCUAUGCCAGCAAUUACGGCGAUUCAACAGUUACUGGUGCUACGUGUAUCUAGCAUUUUUGAUCAUAGUAACCCCGAUGAACUUGAUACUAUUGCACCAGGUUGCAUUUGACAAUAUGUUAAUAGUUUAUCGUAUGAUAUACUGUGUGGCCAUAAUGUGUCAGUUUGUUAUACUGUUUGGCGUUCAGUAUUAUUUCGCAGUGUUUUCCCGCAAAAUGCACGCAAUGUAUGGCCGACUGUCGCGACUGCAGUGGUGUUUGGGCGCCGCUCCGGGCGUUAAGUGGAGGCUAACAGUGUUUGCCGAGAGUCUGAACCAACGCUGGGCACCGCCUAUUGGCCUAACCAUUGGCCCAACAGUGGUCAUCACAUUUGAUGUGUUGAGCAAAAUCCAUGAAGACGGCAAGUCGAUUGCCUUAGCGGUUCUCGAAAUAUUUGCAACCCUAGCUUCUGUGACCGCAGCUGAUGUAACCAAGGUGCUCCGUGAUACCACAUAUUGGGGUUCGUAUAAUGUGCCAUAUUUCCAAAACAUAUACAACAUGAGCGGAACCGGAGGUUUGGUUGAAAAAUGGGGUGAAUUUUUUAGUUACAAAGAAACAGCCAGGGCACUUAUAUUUAAACGAGAUCAAAGUACCGUGACCAACUUGAACACAUUGUAUUCACUGAUGCGCUACAACAACUUUCAACAUGAUUCUUUAUCACAGUGUCACCAUUACCACCAAGAGUGUCAGCCAGGUUAUGCUGGCCAGCUUGCCAUAGCGGUCAGGCAUGACUUGAACUCACCCACCGGCCAAUACCUAUAUAUUUUUGGUCGCGCUAUCGCUGGGGCUAUGGACGCAAAAAUGAUCAACAAGGAUAUGGCCGCGCGGUUAGAGAUGUUGGCCGUGAGUGGGCCCACACAUCGACAGCAGCCGCCGUUCCGCUGGUCUACUAGUGGUGCCGGCGCUGAGCUCAGACAUAUCGGUCACCCCGAUGUGUUUGAUUUCAAACCCAUUUAUACCAAAUGGGCUGAUCUGGAGUUAAAAUCUUACAAUACGUUUGCAAACAACAGUCUUCAGGCAUAUAUGUCGGGUCGACUCGAGGGCUACAUAACGGGUGGACUCAUUCAUAUGCAUUAUCACAAUGUAAUCGACGGGUUUUGUGGUCAACGCAAACUAUUUUGCGAUGCGUUAAAGACUUUUCAUAAGACAAACACCGCUUUUAUCAAUACUAUGAUUUCGAGUCACGCGAACGACGACUAUUGGCACCAAAUGGCACUCAUUUAUGAUCAGAUCCAGGGCUUAGAGGCCGGGUAUGAAAACUGGAAGACUGACAAUAACGUCACUCAACAAACUAAUGAAACAAAUGUGAUGAGUGAAAUCUGGUGGUUAAACCUGAUGUUUGAAACAUCUGAGUUAGAGGCAAUACUUACACCUAACUCGACCACAAUACCGCAUCAAGAUCAUUGUUUAGCUUUGGUCAAAGUAUUGCCCGAUAGCAGUGAUUUAUACGUAGCUCACAACUUAUGGUUUCCUUAUGGUAUUAUGAUUAGGAUAAUGAAACAGUAUAGUUUUGCAUUCAAGAGUUUAACUACAGGCACUUUAAUACCGGGUCAUUCUGUAUCGAUGUCCUCCUAUCCGGGGUUCAUCUUCUCCGGUGACGACUACUACGUCCUGUCCUCUGGACUCGUAGUUCAAGAGACGACUAAUAAUAAUUUCAACCAAUCCCUGUACUCUACGGUACGACCAAAUCAAGUUGUGUUAGAGUUUGCUCGCACUGUUGUGGCCAAUCGGUUGGCCACUGGGGGCCGGCAAUGGACCGACAUAUUUGGUCGCUAUAACAGCGGUACCUAUAAUAAUCAGUUUAUGAUUGUUGACUAUAUACUCUUCACCAAGGGCACACCAAUCCAUUUACUGCCAGAUAAUCUCCUCUUGGUGUGGGAACGAAUGCCCAGCACCAUAACAUCAGCCGAUGUGACCAAGGUACUUCGUGAUACCACCUAUUGGGGUUCGAGCUCAUGA